AUGAGUUGGACUCCUUUGGCAAUCGAAUAUGAUCCUUUAGCUGUUGGUAGUAUCGAUGGAACGGAUACAGAGCCUCACGACAUGGGAGUAGUUCGGGCUAUUAACAGCGAAUAUUAUUCGGAUACGUCAUUAUCAAGCAAACCGGAAUGUACGGUAUUUGUGGGUCGAUUACAUCCCAAAGUAACAGAAGAUGAUUUGAAAAUUGUAUUUAAAGAAUAUGGAAGAAUAAAAAAAUGUAAUGUUAUAAAAGAUAUUGUUACAGGAGGUUCGAAACAAUAUGCUUUUAUUGAGUAUGAAAAAGAAUCCCAAGCAGACAGAGCAUACAGAAGAGGACAUAAAGCAUUAAUUAGAGGUUUGGAAAUAAUUGUUGAUCGAGAAUUUGGUCGCACGAUGAAAAAUUGGAAACCAAGAAGACUUGGAGGUGGUUUUGGUGGUAGAAAAGAAUCUGGACAAUUAAGAUUCGGAUGUAGGGAUAGACCAUGGAGACCACCGAUUCUACCAGAGAAAGACAAAGAAAAAUCUAGAAAUAAGUGA